AUGAUGAUGAAGAAGAAGAAGAAGAAGAAGAAGAAGAAGAAGAAGAAGAAGAAGAAGAAGAAGAAGAAGAAGAAGAAGAAGAAGAAGGAGAAGAAGGAGAAGAAGGAGAAGGAGAAGGAGAAGGAGAAGAUGGGGCCGAGAAAAGAAGAAACAAACAAACAAAAAGAUUUGGAGAAACCAAGCAGUCGAGUUCACAGUAACAGAAGACAAGGCAGUCUGUUUAUGGUGAAUUUUGGCGACGUUGCUGCCUUCUCUGACUCCACCCCACUCCGCACUCUACUUGCCAUGUAUUCACAUUGCCAAGGCAUAUCAAUGAUCUCAUGGAUCUGA